AUGCUUGCCACAGUCUUCUUCUCUCUCCUAGCCCUCACUGGCCGCUCGGCCAGUAAGGCCGUGUUUGCGCAUUACAUGGUUGGGUCAAUGAACAGCAGUGAAGCUGCCCAAGAUGUCACCGAUGCUAUCGCGGCUGGCUUCGAUGGAUUUGCACUCAACACGCAUUCCAUCAGCAGCUCUGAUACAUGGAACACAGAUGCAAUCACUUACCUCUUGGACGCAGCUGAGGGGACAUCCUUCAAAAUGUUCCUUUCUUUUGACAUGUCGUGGGGACUCGAUGUCUCUGGUCUCCCAGCAUUUUUGCUGCAAUUCUCCAAUCAUUCCCAAUAUUACACUACCGACGAUGGCAGACCAUGGGUGAGCACAUACGACGGCGGUACCACCGAUAACUCCGAGUGGGAGUCUUCCUUCUACCAGCCUCUCGUAGACGAAGGCGUCACUCCAUUUUUCGUGCCUGAUUUCGAUGACUGGUCCGGCUAUCCCACUGGCUUCUUUGACACCUUCACCGUUGUAGAUGGCGCUUUCAGCUGGGAGAGCGCUUGGCCUAGCGCAGGCACGACACCGGCAAAUGUCAGUGAUAGCGUAGAUUCCACCAUGGUGGAAGAUGCACAUGCCGCUGGAAAGAUAUACAUGAUGCCACUCUCCACGUUUCAAUUCAAAUACCUUGGCUCCGGCCAAGACUGGUACCGCAUCGGCGAGACCAACCUCCCAGAACGCAUGGCACAGAUCCUCUCCCUUCAACCAGACUACGUCGAGGUGAUCACAUGGAAUGACGCCGGCGAGUCGCACUAUGUCGGCAAUUUCUGGCCGCAACAGAUCGCCGGCACUGACGAGGGUGACUACGCCGAUGGUUUCGACCACACGGGCUGGCAGCAGGUCAUCAAGCCGUUUAUCACUGCAUUCAAGAACAAUGCCACAGAUGUCUCGCAAAUUUCGAGCGAUAGUCCCGUUGGCACGUUCUGGUACCGCACACUCCUGACAAGUGCUAGUUGCUCUAGCACGAUUUCGAAUUACCAGGAGGCAGAAGACGCAGUUAACUAUGCUGUGGUCCUGCCGUCUGACGACUACACGAUCGAAGUGUAUAGCAACGAUCAGCUCAUCGGCAGCUUUUCCGGCGUGGCUGGUCUUAACUAUGACUCUGUGCCGGGUUUGCAGGAGGGCAGUGGACAGAGCAUCCAGAUCUUGGAUGGUAGCGGUAAUGUCGUUGCAUCGGCCAACGGAACCAAGGAUGUCCUGUCGGAGAGCUCGGAUUCUUCAAUGUGCAACUGGAACUAUGAAGUUGUUGGGUUGUCAUAA